ACGAAAUCGAGUAAAGCGGCAGAUCCACCAAUAUAAUCCUCCAUCCCAUCCAUCAUGGUCAAGAAGAUCAUCAGCGUCGGGCUUGAUGCUCCCCACGUGCCAGACACGGAAUGCGAGUCAAGCCACGCGUUCGUGGACAACUUCAAGAAGCACUUUAAGGUGAAGAUUCAAAGCCUGAGCGACGAGGACAUUGUGUUUGACUUGGUGGGCAUCGACGCGUCGAUUGCAAAUGCGUUCCGCCGCAUCUUGUUGGCCGAAGUCCCUACCAUGGCCAUCGAGCACGUGUACCUGUGGAACAACUCGUCGAUCAUCCAGGACGAAGUGUUGGCGCAUCGCCUCGGGUUGAUUCCGUUGCAAGUGGACCCGCGCGAGUUUCAGUCGUUCCCUGAGCACGAAGAAGGCGAAGCCACGGACGAGAACACCCUCGUGUUCAAACUCGACGUGACAUGCACGGCCGAUCCGAACGACCCCGCCGACAUCUCGAAAGCCACCAACGCGUCCGUGUAUUCCCGCCAUCUUGAGUGGGUACCUCAAGGGCUUCAAGAAGAACGUUUUGGGUCCAUCCGCCCCGUGUCUGAAGACAUCUUGAUCGCCAAGCUUCGACCGGGCCAGACCAUCGCCCUGGAAGCGCAUUGCCGCAAGGGAGUCGGUAAGGACCACGCCAAGUUCUCACCGGUCGCCACCGCGUCGUACCGCUUGCUGCCCGAGAUCUCAUUCCCAGCCCCCGUUGUCGGCGCCGACGCCAAGACGCUCCAGAAGACCUGCCCCAUGAACGUGUUUGACAUUGAGGACCUUGCGGCGGUGGCGGCGCGGCCUCGGAACUGCACCAUGUGCCGCGAAUGCAUCCGGGCCCCGGGGUGGAGCGACAAAGUCAAGUUGGGCCGCGUGUCGGACCACUUUAUCUUUUCCGUCGAGACCGUGGGCAUGCUCCGACCCGAAGAUUUGCUCCCGGAAGCCAUCAAGGUGCUCGUGGCCAAGUGCGACGUCGCCGUCGAGUCGUUGAAUGCCGUCGACGACGAGCUGCGCGAGGAAGAGGACGAGGAAGAUGACGAGGACGACGACGCGAUGGAGUAGGAAACAACACACACAGAAGUAGAGAUUAAUAUACACCACCUAUAUGCAAUCGAGCGAGACUAAAGGGGGAGAAUCGAUGGAGAUGACGUAAGGGAGAGCGACGUUCGUGUUUGGACGUUAGAGGGGGUUGUAAUUGAUAAGAGGUGGUUGCAAUGGAUGGCAAGAUCGAGGUUGGAUUAGACGUCGGCGCCGCUGUUGAUCAGCAACGUCGCAGCACGGACGACCGCGAUGAACGCACCGAACUGCGCCACUUCCCACAGCAACGCUCGUCGGGCCUUGCUCUUGUCCACUUGGGCCUUCUUCUUCACGGCAAACAUGUUGACAGCACGGUAAUGGAAGAUGGUCGAUUGGAGUGUAGCAACUCCCAAUGAAUGGGCAUCCGGAUAAGUCAAAUAUCCGGACGCCUCAAGGCACACUGCAGCGGGUGACGUGUUGUCCCCACGGUCCUUGAGCUUUAGGGAAUGCGAUUACAUUGAGAUCUCCCCCGUCUGCAUCGGUAUCAUCCAUUGGCAACCGCCGCAACGUUGGUCCAAGUUGCGUUGAAGGGCUCUAAGCAUGCUGAGCGUCCAAGCUCAAGCACCCAGAGGUUGGAUAGCAGUUGGGACGAUACUGUAUGUUCGUGCUCGUGUUGGGAUGUAUGGGAUACAUUGGGAAGAUGCACGUAGCCUAGGCCACGAUGGCGGCGGCGCUGGAGAUGCAUACAUUACCGUGGGUCGUCGUCGUCCAUAAUGGGGCUGAAAGGGCAGACCCGAGGGGCUGAAAGGCUGGC